GCUUCGUUCGUUUCCGGCAUUUUGGCUUGGGUGGAAGACGGAAAGUUUUUGGUGUCUGACAAAAAUUUCAGUUUUGCACGUAAAACUCUUGAGUUAUUUUCCAUUAAAUAAUAUUUGACUCGAUCGUAGUGUUACUACAGCCAAAAUGUCUUAUAAUACACGAAGAUCGUACAGCAGCGCUCCGCAAAACGCACAGCAAAGUUCAGCAGUCGGGCAAAGAAGACCUAUAGGCAGUAAUUUUGUAUCCGGAGGACAGGUGCUGCUGAGCUAUACAGAGCCAUGCUUCCAAAUACGCAACAGCAACAGAGGGGUGCCCAGCAGACUGGCAUCAAUUUUAAAAACCAGCAACAAUCUCAGCAAACUUAUCAACAACAAUCCUACUCAACCCAGCCACCAGUAAAGCAGGAACCGGUUAAACCUACUCCACCACCAACUCCAGCUCCGAUACAGAACAUCGUGAAGGUACAACAGAACAUCCCUAAAAAGGAUGUCCCCAUCCAGGGAGCCAAUCCACCGGCACCGGAAGGCAAUGGAGGGUGGCGAAGAUGACGGAACUAGGAAGAAGUUCUGGUUCAAAAACAAGGGUAAAAUCUCCAAGGCUGAGAGAGUGAGGAGACGCAACGCCAGAUUGAGCAAGAUUCUCCAGCCCAAGAAUGCGGUUAUGAUCCUUAAUGAGCUGGUCAAAGGGUGCCAAUACUCCAUUGACGAUAGCUCUUUAAAAGUAGAGACCAAUCAGUUCAAGGCUUCGGUUCAGUUUGAUGGCCACGAAUUUAAUGGAACAGGUCGUACCAAAGUGGGAGCAAAGAACGCGGCUGCCGAAGUAGCCCUGAAAUACUUGAUCAAAACCAAGCAGUUCAAGUUGAAGCAAGAGGAGGAUGAUGGAGAGGGCGCUGAUGAGAAAAUGGAGAUUGAAGAAACUGACAAUAAUCAAGUGUUGCCAUGGAGCCACAUCGCUUCAUUCGCCAUGUACAAGCUGUUCACGUCUUGGGGCGAAGAUCCAACAACAGCAAUUAAGCAAGCUCAAGAGUCUCAAACGCCAGGGCAAGAUGGAGCUCUAUCAGUAGGUGCCCCCCUCAAGAUGGACGCAAGGCCAUCAAGAAAGAUGCCUGACAAUCCGGAAACCGUCAAUCCGCUCAUGAUGAUGAACCAGAUGUUGCCGCAUGCCGAGUGGGAGGAGCUUCCCAAAGUGGGAACCACGCCCGCCGUGUUCUCUUUCAAAGUCACAGUCGACGGCAAGUCAUUUACUGGCACUGGUUCCAGCAAGAAGGUUGCUAAAAAGAUGGCUGCCUACGCCGCUUGUCACCACGUUCUGAACAUUUUAUAUCCAGCUGACGUCUGGUCACCGCUGUAAAGAUGGCAUUUAUCUCAAAUUUCAGUCUGUUUUUACUAAACUGACUAUUAUUAAUAUAUUUAAGUACACGACAUUUGAAGUAUCUUAGGUUAAAAUUAAUUGCAAUGUAGACUUUAUUUUUUAUGUGACUAUCUGUUUUUGAGAUAGUAAUAUGAUUUUUCUUUAGAUUUGAAGUAUUAUAUAAACUUAUAUAUGAUAAAACUUUAUUGAUGCAUGAAUUAAUUAUUGUACUUGAAUACAUGUAACUUAUGGUGA